GAAAUUUCAGUACUCCAAAUCGUAUUAUUUGUCUACCCUGAAUAUGAUGUUUUUUUUUGUUGAGAAUCGACGGUACCACGCCAGCGCCAUACCGUAGUACAGUAGCAUCAUUCAUCAGCCGUCAUCGGCCGAUCCGCCUGUAGAGUCUGGUAGUACUUGUACCAAAUAAAAUAUCCUCCUCUCGCCCUCGUUUGCAUCUACUACUCCAAGAACGCACCAAGGGGAGCGGGGUGAGAGCUCGAGAAGGCGUCAUCAUGGUGCAUCCGGUGGCGGAGGCCGACGAGCGGAGCCCCAUGGGCGGGCUCACCGCCGACGAGUACUACGCGCGCCACGGGGUCACGCACACCUCCUCCACCUUCGUCAACCCGCGGGGGCUCCGCAUCUUCACCCAGCGCUGGGUGCCCAGCGGGGACGCCCCCGUGCUCGGCGCCAUCGCCGUCGUCCACGGCUUCACCGGCGAGUCCAGCUGGAUGGUGCUCCUCACCGCCGUCCACUUCGCCAAGCAGGGCUUCGCCGUGGCCGCCGUCGACCACCAGGGCCACGGCUUCUCCGAGGGCCUGCAGGCCCACAUCCCGGACAUCACCCCGGUCCUCGACGACUGCGAGGCCGCCUUCGCGCCCUUCCGCGCCGACUACCCGCCGCCGCUGCCCUGCUUCCUCUACGGCGAGUCCCUCGGCGGCGCCAUCGCGCUGCUGCUGCACCUCCGGGACAAGCCCCGCUGGCGCGACGGCGCCGUGCUCAACGGCGCCAUGUGCGGGGUGAGCCCCCGGUUCAUGCCGCCCUGGCCGCUGGAGCACCUGCUCUGGGCGGCGGCCGCCGUCGCGCCCACCUGGCACGUCGCCUUCACCAGGGGGAACAUCCCCGGCCGGUCCUUCAAGGUGGAGUGGAAGCGCGCGCUGGCGCUGGCCAGCCCGCGCCGCACCACGGCGCCGCCCCGCGCCGCCACCGCGCUCGAGCUCCUCCGGGUGUGCCGGGAGCUGCAGGCGCGGUUCGAGGAGCUGGAGCUGCCGCUGCUGGCCGUGCACGGCGGCGACGACACGGUGUGCGACCCGGCGUGCGUGGAGGAGAUGCACCGCCGCGCGGGGAGCAAGGACAAGACGCUGCGCGUGUACCCCGGGAUGUGGCACCAGAUCGUCGGCGAGCCCGAGGAGAACGUGGAGCAGGUCUUCGCCGACGUCCUCGACUGGCUCAAGGCCCGCGCCGCCGGUCCGCACUCCGCACUAGUUGGUUAGUGGUUGGGUCACGCGUCGUGCGCGGGCCGUGCGUGUCGCCAGUGUGUGGUCCGUCUUGUUCGGAGAGAUGGAUCAAUCAUGGGUACGGCGUGCUCCGGCCCGGCGGUGUCGUCAGUGUGUGGUCCGUGGCCGAUCCAAGUACGGGCGCAAUAAAAGGAUUUGUUGACUUGUACUACUUACGUACGUCUUGAUGAAAUGUGUGCGCCGGUCCUGGUGGUGUGUAGGAGUAUCUUCGUCUUUGCAAGUGGCCAUGGCUUCUCAUCAAUGAAAAUGUUGUCGUGGUCUCCA